AUGUUCCGAUCGUUGAAAGAGCAAGGAGUGUUCGACGAGGAGCAAACUUUCACUGCAAGCAAUGGGUGGUAUGACAGGUUCCGGAAGCGCUACGGAUUGAAGAUGGCUGGGAUCAAGGGCGAGUGUGCAUCGUCAGAUACCGCUGCCUUCGAAAAGUUCAAGGCCCACUUGGUGCAACUGAUUAUUGAUAACAAUUAUGAGAAAUUUGAGAUCUACAACGCGGACGAAUCGGCCCUUUUCGUGAAGUUGCUUCCGUCCCUCACAUUGAUUAUGAAUGACGAGGACAUUGCUUAAGGACGAAAAGUAAUUAAGUCCAGAGUGACCUUUAUGCCCUGUAGUAACACUGACGGAUCGAACAAGCUGCCAUUGAUGUUGAUUGGAACCGCCGAAAAUCCUCGAACCCUGCCCAAGGAUAAAUCGUCCAUCCCGGUUUACUACAAAGGCUCGAAGAAGGCUUGGAUGAACAGAUUACUGUUCAAGGAGUGGUUCCACGGCCAGUUCGUUCCAUCGGUGAGGAAGUUUUCCGCGGAAAACGGCGUAGAACCGCGCGCUCUGCUCGUCCUCGAUAACUGUUCUGCACAUCACGACUUAGGAGAUGUUCUAGAAAGCGACGACGGGAAGAUCAAAGUGAUCUUCCUGCCGCCUAACGUCACAGCUCUCGGUCAACCAAUGGAUCAGGGCGUAAUUAAUGCUGUGAAAAAGAGGUACAAGAAAAAGCUCAUGCUGCAUUUGUUGCUCGAUGACCAGGAAGCACUGUUCGAGAACAGGUUGAAGCGAGGGGAAUGA